AUGGAGAGCGGCUCGGGCCCCGGGGAAGGCUCCGGCGCCGAAGUUGUGCUCUCGGGCGUCUUCUCGCUGGCGCCCGCGCCCAAGGUCGCCUACGAGCUGAGCCUCACCAGCGACGCCGAGCUGCUGCUGCGCCCGCGGCACUCCAAGCCCGGCAGCCCCGCCAGCCGCCUGCCCCUCGCCGACUGCAUCGGCUGCUACGCGGCGCAGAGCCCGGGCGCCGCCCACUUCACCCUCUUCUGCUACCCCCUCUGCAAGGGCUGGUGGCACUCGGGCCCGGCCAGGCGCCGCGUGGCCCGCACCUUCCGCGUCUGGGGCGCCCGCGACGCCGACGAGAGCCGAGCCGUCGCCGAGACCUGGGCCAGGGCCGUCCGGGAGCUCUCCGCCCCGCGCGUCCCCAAGCUGCAAGGAGCAAUAUAUGGACACCUCUCUCGGCCCUGUCAAGUGAUGGUGCUACUAAAUCCACAGAGUGGGUCGGGCCAGGCACUCCAUCUAUUUAGGACUCAGGUGCAGCCGAUGCUGACAGAAGCAAACAUAGCAUUCAGCAUGUUUAUAACCGAGAAACACAACCAUGCUUGGGAACUGGUGAGGGAGGAGAACUUGUCCAGGUGGGAUGCCUUGGUCACUAUGGCUGGGGAUGGCUUGCUGUAUGAGGUCAUAAAUGGACUGAUGGAGCGUCCUGACUGGGCGACUGCUUGCCAGAAACCUCUUUGCAUCCUCCCGGCAGGCUCUGGAAAUGCCAUUGCUGCUUCUCUCAAUUAUUAUGCUACCAAGAGCUGCCUCUUUAAAGAAGAGCUGCUGGUGAGCUGCACCUAUUUCCUAUGCAAAGGCCUGCACGCUCCCUCGGACCUCGUGUCCCUGCGCACUGCCUCGGGCAGGCGUCUGUUUUCCUUCCUCAGUUUCAGCUGGGGCUUCGUCUCUGACGUUGACAUCACCAGUGAGAGAUACCGCAGACUCGGCAGCGCCCGCUUCACUCUGGGCACCCUGCAACUCCUGACCACCCUUCAUGUCUACAAGGGCCGCCUCUCCUACCUGCCUGCUGAAGAGCCGAACUCUGCGUCCUCACAAGGGGAGCAAAGCGGUCGUUCAGCGCAGUACGCUAAACAAACCUUCUGCAACGGGCAGUCAGUUUCUGCCCGCCCUCAGCAGGGCUCUGUCCUUGAGGAUUCUUUGCUAGUACCCUUUGAUCAGCCAGUUCCCAAAGAAUGGGUUGUAGUGCCUGAGGAGGAGUUUGUCUCCAUCGUUUGCAUCUACCAGUCCCACCUUGGAGCAGACCUUAUUCUGGCUCCAUCAGCCAAGCUGUACGAUGAUGCCAUCCACAUCUUCUACCUGACUGCCGGGGUUUCUAGGAUGGCAAUGAUCAAAUUCUUCAUGGCCUUGGAGAAAGGGACCCAUUUGACUCUCAACUGUCCAUAUCUCCAUUAUGUGCCUGUCAAAGCCUUCCGGCUUGAACCCUCCAUGCUUAAGGGGCACAUGACGGUGGAUGGGGAAGUCCUGGCAUGUGAACCGGUGCAGGGUCAAAUCCACAGACGGCUUUGCCGUAUCAUCUGUGGUUCUUGAGUGUGUCGGAAGCUUCUAAGAAGCAAUAUCUGUGCCAGCGGCAAAAGGCUUGACAGCAUUAUUGGGCGCGCGUGUGUGUUUAAUUUCAUGAAACAGUGCCUGUAGCAAGAAACCUCAAAUGUUGCAUCUGUCAAGACGGCAUCAGUUCUGUGUUCAAGUGAUAAUUCUCAGGGGAAACUGGGCCUUCAGAGUAUGUAAUUGCAAUAUUAAUAGGAUAUUCCCUCCUGGUACUAGAAUAGCCUCUCUCUGUUGUGAAGGGGCAGAAAAGGCUGUUUUAUAGUCUUCCUGCUUUCUUAGUAAAGAGGUGAAAAAAAAAUAUAUCUCCAUGAAACCAAAGGCAACUCCUCAGCAACAAUGGGUUACUCUUCCUUCUGAGACCAAAGUCUAAUGGAAGAUGCCUAAUGUAGGGAACAUGACAUAAUCCCCAACUAGUGAGCCUUUGGCUGAUCUAUGACAACUUUUAAUCUCUUUUGUUAAGAACGGUGUGCUUUUUUACAAAGAAAUAAAGUUGUUUGUAAUAGCAGAUUAUAUUCUUCUAGAUAUUGAAAUAAAGAUCUACAUUGGUUGUUGUUUUUUUCAAAAA